GAGAACACAGCUCUGUGGGACUGUUGGAAACACAUACGCUACAUUGGUGAUCAGAUCGAGUACUGACUGCUGCACACUGAGUGUGGUUGAAGAUAGGACACACCAGGAUUAAGAUGAAAUCUGGUCUUCUCGCCUGUCUACUGUUCUUGGAGGUGGUCUGCAUAUCUGGACAAGGUUCCCAGAAACAAGAUGCUGUGUUAAGUCAGUCUAAAAGAAGAAUAAGAGUGGGGAAGAAGACUGUUGGCUCUUUGGCAAUAAUCAAGGCAGAUGAGCUUCAGGAAUGGACCACCUGGUUUAACAUUGAUCACCCAGGAGGCAAUGGGGACUACGAGCGUUUGGAUGCUAUUAGAUUCUACUACCCUAAUCGAGUAUGCCAGAAACCUCUCCGCAUGGAAGCGCGCACUACAGAAUGGGUACCAGCAGGGAAGACCGGAGAAGUGGUGCACUACAGCCUGACAAAAGGAUUCUGGUGCAUCAAUAAAGAACAAGUGGAGGGCAGGAACUGCUCCAACUAUUCCGUUCGCUUUCUGUGCCCUGUGGUUAUAGCACCCUCUGUUCUAAAAGAGUCUUGGUCGGAAUGGUCAAAGUGGAGUGAAUGUUCGGCCAAAUGUGGAGAGAGUGGGAUGCAGACACGGAGGAGGUCCUGUCUAGCAGAAGACAACUGGCAGGAGCACUGUAAUGGUCCAACAGAGGAGGGACGCAGGUGUACUGGGAGCUCCUGUGCAGCCUGUGAUAUCAGCUGUCCCAUAGGUCAAGUAAGUGCGGACUGCAGUAUUUGUGUGUGUAAGAAUCACAUCUUGUACGGCAUAGCUACACUUCAAGAUGGCGCACCUGCAGCAGAAGUCAAAGUCUAUGUCAUAGGGAAGAAACCCAAACUGGAAGCAGUAUCUGAUCUGCAGGGGAGGUUCCAAGUAGAGCGAGUGUGUCCGAACAGCACCCUGCAGCUGAAACUGGAAAAGUAUGCUGUGAUCAAUGUAAAAGUGCCUCUCAGCAAUGGAACAUCUUCAUCCAUCAAAGUAUCAUUCAAGAGAAAAGAAAAACCUUAUAUGGUGGAGAAUCCAGAAAGUAAAGUGAGGAGAAUAGGGCAGAGUGUGACAUUCUGCUGCACAGCUGAAGGAGAGUCACCUGCGGAGCAGUACCUCUGGUACCAUAACGGAACCUUGCUGAACCAGAACACAUUCAAACAAAGCAACCAGCUGAUCCUACGGAAGCUGCAGAUGAACCAAGCUGGUGAAUACUACUGCAAAGCUAAGAAUGAGGCAGGAUUUGUGAAAUCCCAGCCGGCCAGACUUACACUUAUUGCUAAUCGAGAUCUUCCUUGCAAUCCAAACCCCGAAUAUCAUGUAAUCCGGCUUCCCCAUGACUGUUUCCAAACUUCUACUAAUUCUUUCUACUACAAUGUGGGCAAGUGUCCCUCCAGUGCUUGCCCUGGGGAUCUGGACAAUGGACUCAGGUGCAAAGACACAGUGCCCUACUGCUGUGGAAUUGCAAAAACAGAAGUCAAAGAGAUUGCAUGUCAGGGUUAUACACUUCCCGUUAAGGUGGCUGUGGAAUGUGGUUGCCAAAAGUGCACCGAAACCAAAAUAAUUGUUAGAGGGAGAGCAAUUGCAGCUGAUACCGGCGAGCCAUUGCGUUUCGGUCACAUUUACAUGGGAAAUUCCAGAGUUAGUAUGACUGGUUAUAAAGGCACUUUCUCAAUCCACGUGCCUGCAGAAACAGAAAGGCUGGUUCUUACUUUUGUUGACCGACUUCAGAAGUUUGUAAACACAACCAAAGUGCUUCCAUUCAACAAAAAAGGGGGUGCUGUGUUCCACGAUGUGCAUGUUCUCAGGAAGAAAAAACCAGUGACACUAGAUUCUACAAAGACAAAUCAGAUAUCUUUAGGUGAAGUAGAAAACACCGACCCUAUAGCUGAGCUGGAAAUUCCACCAAAUUCUUUCUACAGACAAAACGGAGAAGCCUACAAUGGAAAAGUGAAGGCAAGUGUCACAUUUUUGGACCCACGGAACAUAUCAACAGCCACUGCUGCACAAAGUGACCUGAACUUUGUCAAUGAUGAAGGAGACACCAUGCCACUGCACUCCUAUGGGAUGUUUUCUGUGGACUUUACAGACGAAGAGGCCAAAGAAAGUCUAAAUGCAGGUGCAGUUAAAGUGUAUCUUGAUUCUACACAAGUGAAAGUGCCUGGGCACCUUGAACAAAUGAAACUGUGGUCCCUGAACCCAUUAACUGGAUUAUGGGAAGAAGAAGGUGACUUCUUGAAAAAGGGAGUUAGACGUGGAAAAAGAGAGGAGAGAACUUUCCUUGUUGGAAACAUGGAAAUCAGAGAAAGACGGCUGUUUAAUCUAGAUGUCCCUGAAUCCAGGAGAUGCUAUGUCAAGGUACGUGCAUACAGGAGUGAAAGGUUUCUGCCAAGUGAACAAGCUGAAGGUGUGGUGGUGAACCUGAUCAAUAUGGAACCCGUGUCAGGAUUUGCAUCCAACCCCAGAGCUUGGGGCCGUUUUGACAGCGCCAUAACAGGUCCUAAUGGUGCAUGUUUGCCAGCGUUUUGUGAUGAUAGAAACCCAGAUGCAUACUCAGCAUUUGUAACAGCCACCUUAGGAGGAGAAGAACUAGAAGCAGUAGAAUCUUCUCCUAAAUUUAACCCAAAUAUAAUUGGUGUUCCGCAGCCCUACUUAAACAAACUAAAUUAUAGAAGAACAGAUCAUGAUGACCCCAAAGUCAAAAAGACAGCUUUUAGCAUUAACGUAGCUAAGCCAAAUCCAAAUGCUGCUGAGGAAAGCAAUGGUCCUGUCUAUGCUUAUGACAAACUACGAGAGUGUGAGGAAGCACCAUACAAUGCUGCACAUUUUAGGUUUUACAGAGUGGAAGGAGAUAGAUAUGAUUACAACACCGUGUCCUUCGAUGAGGAUGACCCUAUGAGUUGGACUGCUGACUACUUAGCAUGGUGGCCCAAACCUAUGGAAUAUCGAGCUUGUUACAUGAAAGUUAAAAUUGUUGGUCCUCAAGAGAUAAUUGUAAGGUCUCGAAAUAUGGGUGGUACUCACCCACAAACAGUGGGUCAGCUAUAUGGCAUUAGAGAUGUACGGAGUAUAAGAGACAUGGAAGAACCCAAUGUCUCCACAGCAUGUGUUGAGUUCAAAUGUAGUGGCAUGCUGUAUGACCAGGAUAGAGUGGAUCGCACUCUAGUGAAGAUUGUUCCACAAGGAAGCUGCCGAAGAGAAUCCAUAAACAGCAUGCUGCAUGAAUACCUUGUCAAUCACCUACCAAUGGCAGUCAAUAAUGAUACCAAUGAGUACACAAUGCUGGCUCCCCUUGAUCCACUUGGCCAUAACUAUGGCAUCUACACUGUCACGGACCAAGACCCUAGAACAGCCAAGGAGAUAGCUCUUGGUAGAUGUUUUGAUGGAACUUCUGAUGGUUCCUCAAGAGUAAUGAAGAGUACCGUGGGUGUAGCUCUUAAUUUUAAUUGUCUGGAGAAGGAUCUAGGACAGCAGAGUGUAUUUCGUGGGAACGGUCUGGCUGCUUCAAGUGUCGCCAGAGAGGGUGGCAGAAUUGGGAGACAGCAAAGAGCAAGUAGAGCAAGUAGUAGGUCCAGGCAGGUGAGCAGAAUAACUUCUUUGCCAACACAAAGACAAGGUUAACGCAUACCUUCUCAAAAACACAAAUAAAAGUGUCAGUACAUUGGAUAAUUACUAUAUCUUAAAACUCCUACCGUAUGUUUUUUUUAAAAGAAGUACAGCAAGUAAAAAGGAUUAGGCAUUCCUCAACAACCAGAUUGUACUGUAUAUACAUGUAGCACAUAUAAUAAUAAACUGUUCUGCACAUCAA